AUGUACAUACACAGAAAUGCACAUACACAGGCACAUGUACAUACAUACACAGACACAUGUACACACAGACAAAUGUACGUACAUACACACAAACACACACAGACACAUGUACACACACACACAUGUACAUACAUGCAGACACAUGUACAGAUACACACAUGUACAUACACACAGACACAUGUACAUGCAUACACAGACACACACAAACACACACACAUGUACACACAAACACACAGACUAUAAAAAGUUGUAGUACUUCGUUGUUCACUCACAGAUCCAGGUACUGCACUCUAGGGGGAAGCAGAGAGCACAGCACACACUCCUUCUUUUGCUUUCACUGCUCUCAGCUAUUGAGCAGUCUGACAGCUCCCAGUGCCACUGAAAGAUCCGUCCUGAGCUCCGAGCCUGCUCAGCAAGACGGCCCUGGGGGACAUACUCGUCCCCGUCAUAAUUUCCACUCGCCAUUGGCGAACAGGCGAGUGGAAAUUUCAAGCCCUGCAUUAUUGGCAUAU